UGUCCUUAUCAUUCCCUUCCGUCUCCAUGGCGACUCACCACCUCGGCUUGCCUGCAUCCCAGCUUCUGCCAGGGAUUCUGAGCCAGGCUCUAUCCCUCCCUCCUAAUAGCCCUGCUCUGACGGGAAGUCAGCAAUCAAGAGACCAUCCCCCUACUUCACCCUCCACCUGCCACAAACCCGCCAGCCCUUCCAGGAGAAAAUCCAUCCUUACCUCUGGCUGAAGGUCUCUGGGCCUUCCUGCUGUGUCCAGACCCUCUCCCCAUCCCAGCCUCCCAUGCCGAGGCCCACCCUGUCAGUCACUUCCUUUUGUCAUCGGCUUGGCAAACAGGAGAGAAAACGGAGCUUCAUGGGAAACAGCAGCAACAGUUGGUCCCACGUGCAGUUCCCCAAGUUGGAGCUGGGGCUGAGGCCCCGGCCCGUGGCGCCCCGGGAGCUGCCUGCCUGCUCCAUCUGCCUGGAGAGGCUGUGUGAGCCCAUCUCGCUGGACUGUGGCCAUGACUUCUGCGCUCGCUGCUUUAGCACGCAUCGCACCCCAGGCUGCGGGCCGCCUUGCUGCCCCGAGUGCCGCAAGAUCUGCAAGCAGAAGAAGGGGCUCCGCAGCCUGGGGGAGAAGAUGAAGCUCCUGCCGCAGCGGCCGCCGCCUCCCGUGCUGCAGGAGGCCUGCGCUGUGCGGGCUGAGCCGCUGCUGCUGGUGCGCCUCAGCGCCUCCGGUGGCCUCAUACUCAGGAUGGGGGCCAUCAACCGCUGCCUGAAGCACCCCCUGGCCAGGGACACCCCGGUCUGCCUCCUCGCUGUCCUGGGGGAGCAGCACUCAGGGAAGUCCUGCCUUCUCAGCCACCUGCUUCAGGGCUUGCCGGGCCUGGAGUCCAGCGAGGGCAGCUGGCGGAGAGGAGAGGGGUCCUUGCAGGGGGGUGGUUGGGGAGCCAAUAGCCUCACCAGGGGCAUAUGGAUGUGGAGUCACCCCUUCCUGCUGGGGAAAGAAGGAAGAAAGGUGGCUGUGUUCCUGGUGGACACGGGGGAUGCCAUGAGCCCGGAGCUGAGCAGAGAGAUGAGGAUCAAGCUGUGUGCCCUCACCACCAUGCUGAGCUCCUACCAGAUCCUCAGCACCUCACAGGAGCUGCAGGAUACAGACCUGGACUACCUGGAGAUGUUUGUCCAUGUGGCCGAGGUGAUGGGCAAGCAUUAUGGGAUGGUGCCAAUCCAGCACCUGGAUCUCUUAGUUCGUGACUCCUCCCACCCCAGCCAGGCAGGACACAGGCACGUGAGUGACAUCCUCCAGGGACUGUCCGGCAAGUAUCCCAAGGUCCAGGAGCUGCUCCAAGGGAGACGGGCCCGCUGUUACCUCCUGCCCACUCCACAGAGGCAGUGGGAGGACAGAGGUCAAGGGAGCCCUGGUGAUGCAGAUGGCGAUCUCCACCACCAUCUCAGGGCAUACGUCUUGGAUGUGCUGAGUGCGGCCCCCCAGCACGCUAAGAGCCGCUGCCAGGGGUACUGGAAUGAGGGGCGCGCCAUGGCCAGGGGGGACCGACGCCUGCUCACGGGGCAGCAGCUCGCUCAGGAGAUCAAGAACCUCUUGGGCUGGAUGGGGAGGACAGGGCCUGGUUUCACCUCUCCGGAUGAGAUGGCUGCACAGCUACAUGACCUGAGGAAGGUGGAGACAGCCAAGAGGGAGUUUGAGGAGUACGUGAGGCAGCAGGACAUAGCCACCAAGCGCAUCUUCUCUGCCCUGCGGGUCCUGCCUGACACCAUGCGGAACCUCCUCUCCACCCAGAAAGAUGCCAUCCUGGCACGCCACGGGGUGGCCUUGCUUUGUAAGGGGAGAGAGCAGACCUUGGAGGCGCUGGAGGCCGAGCUGCAGGCCACAGCCAAGGCCUUCAUGGACUCCUACACGAUGCGCUUCUGCGGCCACCUGGCUGCUGUGGGGGGCGCUGUGGGGGCCGGGCUCAUGGGCCUGGCGGGGGGUGUGGUGGGCGCAGGCAUGGCAGCAGCCGCACUGGCUGCUGAGGCCGGGAUGGUGGCGGCCGGAGCUGCGGUGGGGGCAACUGGGGCCGCUGUGGUCGGGGGUGGCGUGGGGGCUGGGUUAGCUGCCACUGUGGGCUGCAUGGAGAAGGAGGAGGACGAACGGGUGCAGGAAGGGGACCGAGAGCCCCUUCUCCAGGAAGAGUAACAGCCCCAGGAAGGGACAAAGGGCUGGCAAUGUGAGGUGGGGGAAAGGAAGAGAAGGGCCCUCAUGUGCUGCACUGCCCUGGUUGAAUGACUAGCUUCCCAGCAGAUGGCUGAGGGGCUCAGGUGGCUCCAGGAACCUGGGGAGGCUGCACUUGGGGGAUACCUGGCCUGUUGCUGGCUGUAGACUGCGGCUGGUUCACAGCCAUCCCAGAUAGGCUGCGUCUGAGGCUCCACCACCCUAUUCAGUUCUUUGCCCUGAUGUCCCCAGAUGGUAGAAAGACCAUGUGGGUGCCAUCCUUGAGGUCAAGAGGCCUGUCCUUUCAUAGAUGGGAGGAGUCCCAGGAUGGCUGGCCUUGGUGUUCAGGAGCAGGAGACCUGAUGAGGGGCUGGGGAAGGUGGGGAACGGGAAGCACCUAGCAGAGGCAGGGGCAGGGCAGGCCAGGGCCCAGAACCCAGAGCAGAGAGGCUUGCCCCAAACUCUUCCCAAGGCUGCCCCAGCAGCACUGAGGUGGCUCCCACUGCUGGCUACAGCCCAAGGAGCCUAACCCCUUCCUGGGCCAUGCUCUUUGUGGACAGCCCUCACCAUGACCGGCUAAAUGCCAAAGAAUAACACCUUUAGCUGCAUCCUGAGCUAAAGCGGACAGACUUUAUAAUAGAGUCUAUCAAUGUCUUGCAAGGAAAAUAAAGUGAACAAAUUCUAUCCUUAAGCACACUCCCCCCAGGGCCUCUGCUCUGCUGCAGAAGAAGCCCCUGAUGCCGUUCCCCAGACACCACACCCUGAAGGAAACUCGGGGUGGGUUGUUUCUCUCCAGGGGACAGAAAGUCCUACUAGGAAGAUUUGUAGGCUAUUAAGCUGUGAAGGAUAGGUGGGCACAUUAUUCUUUAUUUUAUGAAAAAUAAAAUAU